UUUCUUCUUGCUUAUUACGAAAUGCUCUCUCAGACCUCCUCAACUGACUCCUACGACAUUCAACUCUCCUCAAAGACAAGACAGCAAUUUAGACAAGACCAAAAAUGUAUAGUUACAUAGAACACUGUGGUGAGGUUAGAAAGAAGUCUGGUGCUGUGAAGAAACCAAUAUGCAGACAUAUCUGAGGGCUCUGCCCUUUUUUCAAGUUUUGAUAUGUGUGACAAUGAAGAGCAAGGCUGAAAGUGUUUUUACUGGAACAGAGGGAGGCAGUGUGGAUAUCUCUUGUAAAUAUGCAGAAGGAUAUAAAUAUACUUCCAUGUACUUCUGUCAUGAUCCAUGCACAUAUUCUGAUGUCUUAAUUAAAUCCGAGAAGGCUGAUCAGGUCACCUCUAAGGGAAGAUACUCUGCAAUAAACUCUGUGUCUGGACGGAGCUUCUCUGUCACCAUCAGACACCUCGUAUUAAAGGACUCUGGAGUUUAUUACUGUGGAGUGGAUAAAUGGGGAUAUGACAAACUGACUAAAGUAAAGCUUACUGUCAGUGAAGUACAUGUAACAGUUCCUGUGUCUACACAUGCUCCAGUGUCCACUCAGAAUCAAAGGUCUGAAGUUACAACAAGUUACAACAGUUACGAACAAGUUACAACAGCUAGUGCAGGUGGGGAAGAUAAACACAUAUCCAGUAUGCUCCAGCUAGACUUCUUGCUAGCUUGUUCAACUUUAUAUGAACAAAUGUCAUCCACAACUCAAUUUCAACCUUCUGUAAACUCACAUGAACAGCUGCUUGCUGUUUGUGGAGGAGUGCUGGGCCUAAUACUGUGCUAUCUUCUUGUAACUUUUCUGCUUGUCUACAGGAAAGCACCCACAAGUGUCACAUCCUUGGAACCACCUGCUUCAGAAAUCCAACUUUCACAUCCACCACCUGAUCAGGAAGACAUUUUCCAUGUGUAUGAUGAGAUGUUGGCUGUGUAUAGUUUAGCUGGUCCAGCUAGAGGAGUUGAAUCUUCAGCCACCUACAGCACCAUUCAGCUCCCUGCUCCAGCAGAUAAUGAUUUCAAUCCAUACUCUCUUGUAGCUCCUUACUGAAACCAGUUACAGCAUAUUAUAUACAUGUGGUGCAUGAUAUACAAAGGAAUACCGUAAUACGCAUUUCAUGAAAGUAAGCUCAAGUUUUCUUUCUUUCUGCUUUUUUUGAUUACUGUUUUAUUUACACUCAUAUAUCCCUCAUAUAUUUAAAUAACUAACACGACUUGAUUUGAUUUAGAAUUUGUUAUAUGCUCAUUUAGAUAAAGCUAAACUUUCUUAAACAUCCUGUGACGCUUCCUGUGUGAUGCAUGGAAUAGAUUUUAUUCUGCAUGCAUCUAUUGCAUGCUGCAUUCAGUGUCAACCCACACGUCUUGUUUACUAAUGUCUAAGUAAAUGUUCUAAGUUUGCACCUAGACAUGGGGGCUGAACUGUGAAAUGCUCCACUCUGAAAUGAUAAAUUCAUUGUAAAAAAAAUGACUUCACUCUGGGUGACACUAGCUUUACCUUUCACUAAUAUCGAAAGGUAUAAUAAAUCUCAGUAUGUUACUUUAUCUGGUGUGGGUUUAACACAAAGCUAAUGAUAGUUUAAUAGAUACAUAAAUAUACAGUAUAUCAAUUAUAUAUCAGUUAUAUGUAACAUAUGGUUAUCUACUUAUAUGACAUUAUCAAAUGGUUUAAAGUUUAUUUAUAAACAGAAAAAAAGACAUGAGUGUGUAUGUGUGUGUGUGUGUGUGUGUGUGUGUGUGUGUGUGUGUGUGUGUGUGUGUAUAUAUGUAUGUAUGUAUGUGUGUGUGUGUGUGUGUGUGAGAGAGAGAAUUUACCAAAACAAAAUUCUGAAGGAAAAUUCAUGCAGAGCUUAAAAAACAAAACGACAACUAAUCUGCAAAACAGCGCUUCUUUUAACAACUCAGAAUUUUUGCUAACGUCAAUGAAGGAAGUAGCCGUGUAGAAAAGGUUGCUCAAUGAGUUCAAAUCCCAAGAGCACCAAGCUGCCUCCAACAUGAAAUGGCUAUCAAACCUGAGAACCUCGUAUUUUGCAUAAGAGCUCAGACUUGGGCACAAGUUGACGUAUACUAACCGAAAGCAAACCAGUUUUUUUUCUACGAGCAAGAAUAAUACAAAAGGCUGCGAGAUCUUUGUCCUGUAAGAUAUGUUCCUGAGCCCUGAGAAUAAAGACUGUAUCAUGUAGUAGGUGAAUAAAUAACUCAAACCUU